AGAAAACCUUAAAAAAUUAAAAAAUCAUUAUCAUUUAUAGAAUCAUCUUUGACUAGCGGUUUUGACAACCUGCUGGAAUAGUAACGCCACGAGAUGUCUCAUCAGACAAGCUUUCCCAUUAGGGGAAGGUAGCUUCUUCCUUCUUCUUCAACCAGAUAAACCGAAAAGCUAGCUACUGUUUCAUUAACAUCAACUUGGUGGAUUUUCAGACACAGGAUCAACUUUCAAUGGAUUGGGAUUGGUUAUUUGAGUUCCUAAAGGGGAUGCUCAAGCCAGUGGCUGCCCUUGCGGUGGUUCUCAUGGCGGUGCUCUUGUCUUUCAUGCAAAAGCUGGGUUUGGAAAAAGAGAUAAUUUAUUCUAUUUUAAGAGCUUUUUUUCAGCUUUCCAUUAUUGGGUUUGUCCUUCAGUUCAUUUUUAAUCAGGAGAACAGUGCGUGGAUCGUCCUCGCUUAUCUUUUCAUGGUUUCUGUUGCUGGAUAUACAGCUGACCAACGUGCUAAACAUGUGCCCCGCGGGAAGUAUGUUGCUGGAAUGUCUAUCCUGGCUGGAACAGCAGUGACCAUGUUUCUUAUAGUUGUACUAAAUGUUUUCCCUUUCACUCCGAGAUAUAUUAUCCCUGUUGCAGGAAUGAUGGUUGGAAAUGCAAUGGCAGUGACUGGAGUUACAAUGAAAAGACUUCGAGAUGAUAUCAAGAUACAAAUGAACCUGGUAGAGACCGCUUUGGCUCUUGGGGCAACUCCGCGUCAAGCAACUCUAGAACAAGUGAAGAGAGCUUUAGUUAUUGCACUCUCUCCUGUGUUGGACAAUGCCAAAACAGUGGGUCUUAUCUCACUUCCAGGGGCGAUGACAGGCCUCAUAAUGGGAGGCGCUUCUCCCCUAGAGGCUAUUCAACUGCAGAUUGUUGUGAUGAAUAUGCUAAUUGGUGCCACUACCGUGAGCAGCAUCACGUCAACAUACCUUUGUUGGCCCGCCUUCUUCACUAAAGCAUACCAGUUGGAAACAAAGGUGUUUUCUUCAGAUUGA